AUGGGAGUGAUUUACUCGUUUGGAGAGGACAUUGCCAUACUACUUGUGUCUCUUGCUGUCAUCGUCACAAACAGUUUCGAAAUCAAGAUCCUAUUAGCGCGACGCAAGCAUUUCGUGCCCUACGAACAGCUUUUGUUGAGCCUCUCUGUGGCUGAUUUGCUUGUAGGUGCAUCAUGGCUUCUAGUAACUGUAAUCGACCUUACAGCAUCUAGUGUUCUUAGCCUAGCCGUGGAAAAGAAUAUUUCUAUACCAUAUUGGUGUUCGAUUCUGUUGUCAAUGACGCACGUGUAUAUGCUGACUGCCGAUCGGUUCGUUGCUGUGCUGUUUCCUUUGCGUCACAAAAUACACGUCACAAACAGAUUUGCUACUGUAUUGAUUCUAUUUGCAUGGUUCAGUUCAGCUGGAGUUACAGCGAGUCUUGUAAUCACCAUAAGUUUGGUAGGUGUCAAGUAUUACCUUGCUGAUUUUGCAUUCAGUACGCUUUCCGGUAUGAUUUUGGUUUAUACAUUCAUAAUAUACAAGGUUGUUAUACGGCAAAAGAAUGCAGCAAACGGAGCAGUUAACCACGCGUCACAACGGCAAGCUAGAGAACGCCGUUUGGUUUACGUCUGCCUUACAGUUACUGUCUCCUUUUGCAUUUGCACAACGCCGCUAAUGUAUACGAAAGAAAACAAUAUGUAUCAGACAUUCUUUGUUGUUGACUUGGCAUUGAUCCUCAACUCACUUUUCAACCCAUUUAUCUAUUAUUUCUGGAAGCUUAUUGAAAAACAUUAUAAUUGA